AUGACAUCUAAAUUUCAGCUCGACGAACGAGCUAACAUUGGUUUUGGAGAUGCGUCAAGUUAUGAUAAAUUCAGGCCCUCUUACCCACCUGAAGCAGUAGAGAAAUUACUCGCACACCUUGGGUUGAGUGGGGUGGAUGGUGCUCGAGUUGUUGAUUUGGCUAGUGGGACGGGAAAGUUUACUGAAUUGCUUGCCGGAAGGCCUGAGAAAUUUGAGAUUGUGGCUGUUGAACCCCAUCAGGGGAUGAGACUGGAGCUUGAGAAGAAAGAAUUGAAAGGUGUCAAGAGUGUGGAUGGCGAUGCUUGCAAUAUACCACUUGAGGAUGGAUGGGGAGACGCUCUCAUUGCUGCACAGGCGUUUCACUGGUUCGCGACAAGAGAUGCUUUGAAUGAAAUUCAUCGAGUUCUUCGACCUGGCGCCACGUUCGGAAUGAUUUGGAAUAUUGAGGACUACAAUUCUCCUCUAGAAUGGAACGCAAGCUCCAAGUGGGAGCAGAAGCUCAAAGACAUUAUUUGGUCACUUGAUGAUGGUCAACAUCGAUUCAGACAUUUUGAGUGGAAGAAAGUCUUCGAAGCACAGACCGAGACAACUCCAUUGCAGACUCUGGUAGACACUUUUACUCACAACUUUCCAGAUUUCUCGUUACCUCUUGGUAUAGAGGAAGUUCCCUGGACCGUAUACCUAACUGAUGAGGCUAUAUGGAGUCGCUAUUACACACUCAGCCAGAUAGCUAUGCUGAAGGGCCAGAAGCUGGAGGAUGUCAAGAAACAGGUAUUCGCAGCUCUGAAGGGCGAAGACGUCGAACGCAAUGCUGCUGGUGAGGUUGCGCUCCACGCUCGCACUUAUUUUUGCUUCACAUCUCGUGUCUGA